AAAUAACUUUUGAUCAGCCCUCAUCCCCUCCCGUUUUAAUCAACUCAUAAAGAGUAGUCGGGGCUGGUCGAAGCUCGAAGAACUUAUCGAAACUCAUCUCUCUACCCGUAUGGUUUUUAUCGAAAACCGGGGUGGCAAGGAUCUUUUAUUCCACUUGCCCAGCUGUAUUUAAUCUUAACCCAAUUCAUCUUAAUCUGUCUAUCGCAAGACCUUUUCUGCAUCCUCUUCCAAAAAUCUAGGCCAUUUCCUCGCAACAUCAACGACUUUGGACUUUGAUCUUGCAACAAUGGCUACCAAUGGAUCCAAUACGGUGGUGGCCAACGAAGGUACAGUUGAGCACAUUGGCGCUGUAAAGCUUGACCCCUGGCUCGAACCCUUCGAGGAUGUCAUCAAACGCCGCCAUGGCAUGGCUGAAGACUGGCUCAAGAAGAUCGAGCAGAGCGAAGGGUCAAUUGAGAAGUUUACGAGGGGCACCGAGGUUUACGGAUUCAAUGUGAAGCCAGACAACACAAUCGUGUAUCGUGAAUGGGCCCCAAAUGCAACUGCGGCAUUCCUGGUUGGUGACUUCAACCAAUGGAGCCGCCAGUCGCACCCUAUGAAGAAGAAUGAGUAUGGAGUCUUCGAGAUAACCGUUCCCCCCACUGCCGCUGGAGAACCAGCUAUUCCUCACAACUCCAAGGUUAAGAUCUCCCUUUUCCUCCCCAAUGGGCAACUCAUAGAUCGCCUUCCGGCGUGGAUCAAGUAUGUCACGCAGGAUCUCUCUGUAUCGCCUGCCUACGACGCCAGGUUCUGGAAUCCCCCAUCCAGUGAGAGGUAUACAUUCAAGAACCCUCGCCCCAAGAAGCCCAAGAGCGUGCGUGUCUACGAGGCCCAUGUUGGAAUUUCCUCGCCUGAGCUUCGUGUAGCCACAUACAAGGAGUUCACCAAGAACAUGCUCCCUCGCAUCAAGAAGCUUGGAUACAACGUCAUCCAACUUAUGGCCAUUAUGGAGCAUGCUUACUAUGCCAGCUUUGGCUACCAGAUCAACAACUUCUUUGCCGCAAGCAGCCGCUAUGGCACCCCGGAGGAUCUUAAGGAGCUUAUUGACGCUGCUCAUGGCAUGGGACUUACUGUUCUGCUUGAUGUGGUUCACAGCCACGCGUCCAAGAACGUCUUGGAUGGCAUCAAUGAGUUUGACGGGACAGACCAUCAGUACUUCCAUGCAGGCGGCAAAGGGAGACACGACCAGUGGGACAGCAGGCUGUUCAACUACGGCCAUCAUGAAGUUCUUCGAUUCCUCCUCAGCAAUCUCCGAUUCUGGAUGGACGAGUAUCAGUUCGAUGGCUUCCGUUUUGACGGCGUGACAAGCAUGCUGUAUCUCCACCACGGCAUGGGGACUGGCUUCUCUGGAGGCUACCAUGAGUAUUUCGGCCCGGAUGCCGACGAAGAGGCUCUCGUGUAUCUCAUGCUUGCAAACAAGAUGCUUCAUGAGCUGUACCCCGAGGUGAUUUCCAUCGCAGAGGACGUCUCUGGCAUGCCAACUCUCUGUCUUCCUUGGUCCGACGGCGGAGUGGGCUUCGAUUAUCGUCUAGCCAUGGCAAUCCCAGACAUGUGGAUCAAGAUCCUCAAAGAGAAGAAAGAUGAGGAAUGGGACAUGGCCGAUAUUUGCUGGACAUUGACCAACAGACGGCACGGCGAGAAGACCAUUGCGUACUGCGAGAGUCACGAUCAAGCACUUGUCGGUGACAAGACUCUCAUGAUGCAUCUCUGCGACGCUGAGAUGUACACCCACAUGUCAACACUGACACCUUUGACCCCUAUCAUUGACCGCGGGAUGGCUUUGCACAAAAUGAUUCGCCUGCUCACUCAUGGUCUUGGAGGCGAGGGUUACCUCAACUUCGAGGGUAACGAGUUUGGGCACCCCGAGUGGCUUGACUUCCCUCGCGAGGGCAACCAGAACUCAUUCUGGUAUGCAAGGCGUCAAUUGAACCUGACCGAGGACAAUCUUUUGAGAUAUCGGUUCCUAAACGACUUCGACGCCGCCAUGAACAACUGCGAGGAGAAGCACGGCUGGCUCAGUGCUCCCCAGGCGUACAUUUCGCUCAAAAACGAGUCUGAUAUGGUAGUCGUCUUUGAACGUGCAGGUGUGGUAUUCGCUUUCAACUUCCACCCAACCCAGAGCUUUGCCGAUUACAGAAUUGGAGUCGACGUGUCUGGCACGUACAAGGUCGCUUUGACCACGGACGACAAAGAAUUCGGAGGCCAUGGUCGUAUAGACAGCUCCACACGAUUCUUCACCACCCCGAUGGAGUGGAACGGUCGCAAGAACUGGACUCAUAUCUAUCUUCCCAGCCGUACCGCUGUCGUCCUCGAGCUGGAGUAGCCGUUUCUGGCUUGUCUUCUUUUGGUAGGAGAAUCGAAAAAAAAAAAACCAAGUGCGGGUUUGUCAAGAAAAAGAAUGUCUUCUUUCAUUUUACAGGACGUCUGGUGAGAACUUAUGUGCACGUUACGGUCGAAUGAAAUAAUAAGAUGAGGUAUCAGAAUUAUGGCACAGACGGACAAACGGACAGUAAUUAUUCCAGAUCACAAUGUUGAGUAAAACCCGUGAGAGAUAUUAGAAAAUACUAUGGUGUUGCAGUAAGUGCUGCAGCUUCAAGAACAAAAAAAAAUCCUUUAUGGUAUAUUUUGUUUGAACCAUUGCCGUUAGACUGGCUGGAGUGCGAGACAACGACUUGUAACUAGGUUGACAGCGAUGCUGUAGGAAAGAAAGUUCACAGAAGAAGAAGAGGGGAAAUUAGUGAAAGCAUAUUGGAGAGUAGGUAGAUGCGAAGUAAAUGGUACGUGGUAGAUAGGUACUACCGUACCAGGUGUAUAAAUUUUCAUCCCAAAAAUACAGAGGCGUCAAUUCUCGUGGCAUAUAAUGAGUAGGGAUAGCCGUAUAAAUUGUGAG